GAGAUUAUAUAGCCACCUGAACUCACUUUGCAACUGAAUUCAUUCCAACUCCCAAUGUGAGUCAUAAACGUGUCAGACUCUCUCCCAAUGGAAGGAGAACAACAAAGCAGUGGCAUAUUGAGGUCCAUGGACGCGGAGCAACUCAGAGAGCAUGCACAUAAGAUGGUUGAUUUUAUUGCUGACUACUACAAAACCAUUGAGACUUUCCCAGUUCUCAGCCAAGUUCAGCCAGGUUAUCUUGAAAAGCUCUUACCGGAUUCUGCUCCUGAUUAUCCUGAAACACUGGAGCAUGUUUUGAAUGAUGUACAGGAAAAGAUUUUGCCAGGGGUAACACAUUGGCAAAGCCCCAAUUAUUUUGCAUAUUUUCCUUCCAACAGUAGCAUUGCUGGAUUUCUUGGAGAAAUGCUCAGUGCUGGUUUCAACAUUGUCGGUUUCAGCUGGAUAACUUCUCCGGCCGCAACAGAACUCGAAACCAUUGUUCUUGAUUGGCUUGCUAAGGCACUUAAGCUGCCUCAUGAUUUCCAUUCUACUGGGCAAGGUGGUGGAGUUAUUCAAGGAACAGCGAGUGAAGCAGUACUAGUUGUCUUGUUGGCUGCUCGCGACAAGAUC